AUGCAAGCAGAAACAGUGGACGUCGAAAAAUGGAUAGAGGAGAACAAGAAGGAUUUUGUGCCGCCCGUGUGCAACAAAUGCAUGUUCGCAGAGCAGCUUAAAGUGUUCUAUGUAGGAGGACCUAAUUCACGGAAAGAUUAUCACUUGGAAGAAGGAGAAGAGUUUUUCUAUCAAUAUGAUGGCGACAUGUUGUUGAAGGUCAUCGAGCGUGGGCAACCACGCGAUAUCACUAUAAAAGAAGGUGAAAUCUUCCUGCUUCCAUCCAGGGUGGAGCACUCACCCCAACGAUUUGCCAACACCAUCGGUUUUGUGGUUGAAAGGAUUCGCGACAACACCGAGUUUGAUUGCGUCAGGACUUUUUAUAAGACAUUUGGUGGAUUUAUUUUCUUGUGGCCACAAAAUAUUGCGGAACAUUUGAUCCAAUGUGAAAUUAUUGGUAUUUUCUUCUGA